CCUAUUAAUUAUGUUGUAGGUAAGUUCUCACCAAGACAAUGGGCUCUGUAUGGAAACGACUACAGAGGGUGAACAAACGAGCAGCUAAAUUUCAGUUCACAGUUUCAUACCAUCAAAUUACAGUUGAAACAACAUCAAAAUGGAAACCAAACCGCUUGAGUAUCAUAUGGACCAGGAGAAGUAGGAGAGUGUAUUCAGAGGCUUUGCCUUGGGAACCAACGAUGAAAGAUCCCUUGCGAGGAUUGGUCGUGUGGCCUGUGCCAGAGAAUAAAGAAAUAUCUGUCACCUUGUUCAAAGAUCCUCGUACACAAGAACUGGAGGACAAAGACUGGACGUUCGUUCUUGAAGACGUUGCUACAACUGGUAAGAGACGACAGCUCGCCGUCGCCAACAUCAACAUGCGGAAGUACGCCAGUGUGGAGUCCACACAGCAUCAGCUGAACCUCAUUCUCAAGCCGACCACCAAGAAAAUAAACUCGGCUACUUUGGAAUGUACAUUGUCUUGUGUCUUUUUGAGAGAGGGAAAAGCAACUGAUGAAGAUAUGCAGAGUAUGGCCAGUUUGAUGAGUACCAACAACAACAGCGACAUUGCUCCACUCGAUGAUUUUGACGAAGAAGAUGAUGAGGGCUCUCUGAAGCACAGCCUACACGAAGUGUCAGAUCUGACAAAUCAGUUGGAUAUGCUGACAAACAGCCUGAGCGGGUCAGAGUUCGCAAGUACUCCGAUGAGUGUUGCAAGUUUGAGAGAAGAACUAACUCCUUUAGCUGGAGACGAGAAAGGUUUUCCUCAGAUCAGUGAUGUGAACGUGUUGCAUCCUGAAGACUCUAGCACUUGCCCUACCAGUUUCAUUGACAACCAGCAGCCGAAGAAUGUGCGACUUAUGUUACAACCCCUCAAUUUAAAAGAGGCCGAGGAAAGCCAGCCCCAGCCUACCAAACUGCAGGACAGUACGCCAGGUCAGGACCUGCUGGAGUGGUGCAAGGACGUGACCAAGGACUAUCCUGGGGUCAAAGUCACCAAUCUCACCACCUCCUGGAGGAACGGCCUGGCGUUUUGUGCCGUCAUUCACCAUUUUCGUCCAGAUCUCGUAGAGUUUGACUCGCUGACCGCUCACGAUGUGAAGGGGAACUGCAAGAAAGCGUUUGAUGCCGGCGAGGCACUGGGCAUACCGAGGGUAAUCGAACCUGCGGACAUGGACAUGCUCACUGUCCCGGACAAACUAGCCGUCAUGACGUAUCUCUAUCAGUUGCGAGCACAUUUCACAGGACAUGAACUGGAGGUCCAGCAAAUCGGCAAGACAACUGAUGAGUCCUCGUACAUGAUUGGUCGGUUCAGUACAGACACGGACACCGAUGUCACGGUUCAGCUGUUCGGUCAGGAGAUCAUGAAUCUCCGGUCCAAGAGAGAGGGCUCUGAGCAGAAAUCUGUUACAAACAGUUGGAGCCGAAGUAUUGAUUCAUCAGAAGGAGAGACAGAGCGGGAGAGUCUUCGCAGCACAUUGCGGCUAAAACUGCCCCUGGUGUCGGAUAUAAGCGACUCCGGCGAGAAAUCCCCAUCAUCUGUCAAAGAUGUAAUAUUCGCUAGUUCCAAGAGUAUAUUGGGCAAAGUGCUUUCUCCAACUAAGGAAAAAUACACAAACAGAGAAAAAAGCAAGUCUCCCGUGAACUCCGGAUCCAGACCUGUACUGAUGACCAGGAGACAGUUGACGGACCCUUUUGGAUCAGACGAGGAGGAAGAAAUAAACCAACAAAAAGCUGACAACGAACCAGGAAAUAAAGCUCCACCUUCACAAAUAAACGAGGGGGUGAUCAACUCUAACAACGCAACACGCAACAACAGCAGAGAGGGCUCAGAGACUCGCUCACUCACACAUUCUCUGAGCAACGAUCUGGGACCUAAAGGCCCGAGGGGAGGGGGAGGCAACCGUCAUGAGGAGCUGAGGGAGCGCGCCAGACAGCUGUUGGAGCAGGCGAGAAGGGACGUGGCUAAGAACUCACAACCUACUUCACCUGUACAGGCGGAGGAGGAGCGCCAACAGCAGUUGCGGGAGCGUGCGCGGCGUCUGAUAGCUGAGGCUAGGCUGGGUGUCGUCACCUCCCCUUUCUCUCCCAGCAAAGAAAAUACACCAAGUGAUAAAUCCAGUGAGCACAGUUCUCCACUGCAUUUAAAAUCUCCUUCAAAAGGUGACAAUGAAGAAAACACACCCCCUUGGGUCUUGAACAACAAGGAAGAAAACGUGACAAAACCCGUUGUAAAUUCACCUCUUCACUCUUUCACUUCGUUAAUGGAGAGAAUAUCACCAGAGAGACAGCCUCGAGGGCUUGGAAAAGACGUGAUCAACUACAUUCAAAAUGAACUAGAGGCGUUAGAACGAGAACAGAAACAAAUUGACAAACAAGCUGCCAUAUUAGAAAAAGAAAUUCGGAAAGUGAUGGAAACAGGUACUGACAAAGACAGAGAAGAAAGUCUGAUGGCAAAAUGGUUUACUCUAGUCAACAAAAAGAAUGCCCUGCUCAGAAGACAAAUGCAGUUAAAUAUACUAGAGAAAGAAGAUGACUUAGAAAGAAGGUUCGAACUUCUCAAUAGGGAACUUAGAAGUAUUUUAGCAAUGGAAGACUGGCAGAAGACAGAAGAACAAAAGCUCAGAGAGAAUCUCCUACUGGCUGAAUUAGUUAAUAUAGUAAAUAAGCGGGACGAACUUGUGCAUCAUUUGGAUUCCCAAGAAAAAGCUAUCGAGGACGAUGACAAGAUCGAGAGAGACCUCAGCCGAGUGGGGGUGAUACACCGCAACCACAACUGUGUGCUACAAUGAGAACGCUAUCAUCUUGUGUCCCAUUAAUUGUAACAAAUCAAAAGUUACUGUCUUGAUGUAUGUAUUCCACAUUGGAAGUAUAUUAGUAAUAAUCAAAACAAUAA